AGAGAGAGAGAGAGAGAGAGAGGGCGGACGCGAAACAGGAGUGAGAAAGAAGGAGGCACAGCUGACCAGACAAACUCAGGACUCUAUCCAGACCACAAGACCCGGGUGGGCCAAAGGAUGCCGGUGACCACUCAUAGGUUGUAAAGCCCGCACAUACAGUGGACCCUGAACUUCACACAGACUCCGCCUGGACUGGACGUGCGCUCUCGGCUGUGGAGGUGACCGGCUGGAUGCCAUGGACCCACUGCUGCCCGCAGACACGGAGCUGAUGGAUCGGGAGGCAGACAAGGACGCGAGGAGGAAGAUCCAGUUCUCAGUGCCUUCCUCGGUGCCCCCCCAGCUGGACCCACGACAGGUGGAGAUGAUUCGACGUCGAAGGCCGACACCAGCCACACUCUUCAGAUUAACAGACCCCCCUUCACCAGACGAUGACACCAGCCCCCAUCAGUGGAUGCUGGCAGAGAACGGAGCCUUGAAAUCCAAAUUGGUCAACACGAUGACCUACCAGCCGCCCUCGCUCAAAGUUGUGCAGAAGAUGGCUCAGGCCCACCUGUCCUCUUUGCUCUCUGUGGACAAAGAUGAUUCCUCUUCUGAGGACGAGGAGGAGAAAAAAGAAAAGGAGGGCUACCAAACAGACUCAUCCAAAGAUGUGAGUGAAGAAAUAAAACCCUUUAGGGAUGAGCCUGCCCUGCCGGACGGUUUAAAAGGAAAUGCUAAUCUCAGCCAUCGCCACAGAGCUGAAGAAGAGGCCAAAGAAAGAGAAGAAAAGGGGGAGUGACAAAUGAAGAGGACUCUGAUCAGAGUGGGUCUGACGUGGCCUGUAUGGGCCAUGCGUGGGCGUGCAUGGGUGUGCAUAUGAAUGUGUUAUCUGGGAUUGUGUGUGAGUGCAUGCAUACAACAACGCAAUGGAGCUGAAUGUGGAAAAAACAGAGAAAUAAAGAAAGAGAGAGAGAGAGAGAGAGAGAGAGAGAGAGAGGGAGGAAAAUGAGCCAUGAGACAUUGAUGAAGGUCAGAAUAAUAAUAAGCAGGUUUGAGGAAAAAAUAGACAUCACCGUCAGCCAAAGAAGAAGACAGGGCUAAAUUCCAAUCAGCCAAGGACACUGCACUGAAAAUAGGAGAAGUGCUGAGAACUGCAGCAUUUUUCUCGCCAAAAGGAUUUAACAAGAUUCAACAUUUUCACGUACAUUCUGAGACCUGCUCUGUUAACAAAGUUUUCAUUAUAUUACAUGAAUGUGUAAAAACAAGAUAUAGAAUUACAUGUAUUUGCUAAGUGCAUACAUAUACAUAGUAUUGUGUGGGGUAUUCAAUACAUUGGUGCUAAAACACAAAGCUCAAAAAUGAUCUGAUGUACACACCUCAGGACGGGAACUCCAACGGGACAAUUAUUAUAUUGCUGACAAUAUCUUAAUGCAUAAUGUACAGACACAGUAUAUACUUAUAUUUUGUAUUUCAACAUCAUCUGAAAACUGAUGAAGAUAAUGUGAGUUUGUAGAGGAGUAUUAUUUGAAGGACCAGAUGAGGUCACUUUUUUAUGUGACUAGGGUCCUUAGCUUAUGUAAUAAUCAUAAUAGUAUAAAGGUUUCGACAAAUAAACUUUAAAAACCUUGUAGAAGUUUGCGUUCAAGGUUGAAAAAAAUAUCAUAAACAGGUGGAUUGCAGAAGACUGGAGUGCAGAACUAUAUUCGACUUAAAUGCUAAUAUUAGUUAAUCACAAUAACACUGCACAUCCUCGCUGAUUUAAUGUUCUGAAAAUUAUUUUUGUAACAUAUUAAUGAGUAUGAUUUGUUUAUGGCGACAGAUUUGGCAAGUGGGAGCUGGAAGAUUAUUCUUUUUUUCUCAAAAACUGUAUAAAUGAUGAGCAUGUUUGUAUAUAGACAAUGUUUUGUGUUGCUUGCUAAUAAAUCGAAUAUAUUGGG